AUGCCUACGCUUAUUGUCAUUCCUAUCAUUACGACUACAGUCGUCAUAAUCAUCUCAGUCAAAGCCGCUUCUUCAAAAUUACUCCUUCAUCGCCGCCAUUCAUUUGACAUUGCAAAAUCGACAAUCUUAUCCUGUUAUCUCUUUCUCUCUCUCUCUUUCUUUGUCUCUCUCUCUCUCUCUCUCUCUCUCUCUCUCUAUCUAUCUAUCUAUCUAUCUAUCUAUCUAUCUAUCUACCUCUCUUACUCUUUCUUUAUAUUUCUCUCUUUUUCUUUCUCUCUUUCUCUCUCUUCCUCUCUCUUUCUUUCUCUCUUUCUCUUUCUCUCUCUUCCUCUUUCUUUCUUUCUCUCUUUCUCUUUCUCUCUCUGUUUCUCUCUUUCUUUCUCUCUCUCUUUCUUUCUCUCUCUCUUUCUUUCUCUUUCUCUCUCUAUCUUUCUCUCUCUUUCUCUUCCUCUCUCUCUUUCCAUUUCUUUUCUCUCUGUCUUCCUCUCUCUCUUUCUCUUUCUUUCUCUCUCUCAUCCUCUCUCUUUCUUUCUUUCUUUCUUUCUUUCUUUCUUUCUUUCUUUCUUUCCCUCUUUCUUUCUCUCUUUCUCUUUCUCUCCCUCUCUCUGUUUUAGCCUCUUCCUCAGCUAUACUUCUUCGUCUUUCUUUAAAGGUUUCUCUUUCUUUACAAUCCUUUAUAUUUUUUUCUUUAUAUUUCUUAUUCAUUUUCCUUCUAGAUUUUCGACCAUUGUUUCUAAUUACUUUUUUCAUUCAGUAUUUAACAAUUUUUUUUCUUUCUCUCCUCUGGAUUCUUCCUCUUCUUUAGUUUCCUUUUCUUUUUCUUCUUCUUUAGUUUCCUUUUCUUUUUCUUCCUCUUCAAAUUCUUUCUUCAAUCUCUUAUUCAAGGGCCUUCAUUCGGUUCCCAUACUGCCCCCGACAUCUCCCUCUCUCUCUCUCUCUCUCUCUCUCUCCCUGUCUCUCUCUCUCUCUCUGUCUCUCUCUCUCUGUCUCUCUCUCUCUGUCUCUCUGUCUCUCUCUCUCUUUCUGAUUGGCUCGGGGACUCAAGGCAGAGUCCUUCGUCCAUUCCCUCCUCCCUUCCUUCCUACUUUCCUUCCUUCCUUCCUUCAUCCAUCCAUUCCCUCCUUCCUUCUUUCCUACUUUCCUUUCUUCAUUUAUUCAUCCCUUCCUUUCUCCCUUCCUUUCUCACUUUCUUCCUCCCUUCUUUACUACUUUCCUUUCUUCAUUUCUUCCUCCAUUCCUUUCUCGCUGCCCCCUUCCUUCCUUCUUCCAUUCCUUCCUCCCUUCCGUCCUCCAUUCCUUUCUUCCUUCCUUCAUCUAUUCUUUCAUCCCUUCCUUCCUACUUUACUUCCUUCCUUUCUUCAUUAUUUCCUCCCUUUUUUCCUACUUUCCUUUCAUUUCCUUCUCCAUUCCUCUCUCCCUACCCCCUUCCUUCCUUCCUCAAUUCCUUCCUCCUUUCUGUCCUCCAUUCCUUCCUCCCUUCAUUCUUACUUCCUUUCUUCAUCCCUUCGUUCCUCCUUUCCUUCCUACUUUACUUCCUUCCUUCCUUCACUCUUUCCUCCCUUCCUUAAUAAUUUUCUUUCUUCAUUUCUUUCUCUAUUCCUCUCUCCCUACCCCCUUCCUUCCUUCCUCCAUUUCUUCCUUUCUACUUUCCUUUGUUCCUUUCUCCAUUCCUUCCUUCCUUCCUUCCUUCCUUCCUUCCUUCACGCUUUCCUCCCUUCCUUAAUAAUUUCCUUUCUUCAUUUCUUUCGCCAUUCCUUUCUCCCUGCCUCCCUUCCUUCCUUCCUUGCUUCCUCCAUUCUUUCCUCCAUUCCCUCCUCUUUUCCUUCCUACUUUCCUUUCUUCAUUUGUUCCUCCCUUUCUUUCUCCCUUCUUUCCUACUUUCCUUCCUCCCUUCCUUCCUCCCUUCCUUCCUACUUUUCUUUCUUCUUUCCUUAA